CCGCCGUGAUUUGCACAUCACUAACCAAAUUGCAUUCGUGUCACAAACUAGAACGUAGAAACUGGCAAUCACUUAUUUUCCUUAUUAGAGGUUAUUGAUUAUUAUUGAUCGUAAACAUGGCUGAUGAACAACCAAAUUUGGUAGCUGGACAUCCACCUGCAUUGAAGGCCGGUGGAAUGCGCAUUGUGCAGCACAAGGCGCCUGUGUCAGAGCGCCCGGCAAAGGAUGCCGAGGAUUGCACGGGUCUAACGAAACCAAUCAAUGUGAAUUCGGCUUCAGUGAGCGGUGCACCCGUUAAGGGAAACACAGAUUUUACGCCAGCUGGUGCGCAGGUGGCUCACUCUCACAAGCCGCCGGUGGCUGUACAGCAGAAGGUCCAGUCACACAUACAGCAGCCACGCAAAUGAAUAAUCAACUAAUUUGUUAAUGUCAUACGAUAGUAGACCUGUCGCACUGACUAAAUGUAUUCGAUUGCUGUUAAAAGCGAGAUUAUUUUAAAUAUGCCUUGUAUUUUGCUACACUUAUAUUGUUUGAAUAGUUUUGCUUAACAUUAAUCAUUCCAAAUGAAUUUUUGCGCGAAGAUCGUAAAUUAAAUAAAAUAUAUUAUGGGUUUUUGUAGAUAAAA